AUGAAUUUGUACUUACUUUUAUUUCUCCUUCACUUUGAUUGCUAUCUAAUUAUCUUGAAUUCCACUAGAUAAGUGAUUAAUGAGUUUUGUGUCAAUCACGAAAGCAAGAAAGAUUUAAUAAUUGUCGUUGAAGAUGUGGUAGAGGAAGAAAUGGAAAUCUAAUGGGAAUUAUUGUACAUCAACACAGAUCCUGCCAUGACUGUCAACGGAUGCUUAACUUAACAAUACCAAAAGCGUGCGUAUACUGAUUGGGCUGUUAGAUUGGGUAAUCAAAUUUUGUUGGCAGAAAGACAAGAGUUUAAUUUUACUCUUUAGGAACCUCGCAGAUUCUAUAACUUAAUAGAUCUGCCUAUUUUCAAUGAUAGCAAUAAACUUGUAAUGAGUGGGGCGAUAUUUAAAAUUAAUAAUACUAAACUCCAGAUUAAUUCAGAUUAUUUCAUUAGAGUCACAGCGACUAAAAAUAAAAUUUAGAUCUUCUCUCAACUGUUAUAAAUUCGAAUUAUGAUUUUAAAAGGAGAUCUAAUUCCUAGGCAGAUUAUUUCCUUAUAAAAAUUAGUCGAUCUAGAUCAAACUUAAAUUAUUCUAACUACGGCAGCCACCUAUGAUUGGAAGAUCUUCAUCAAAGAUCCCACUAGAUUUGGGCCUAUUUUGUCAACAAUUUCUGAAUAGAAAACCUCCUUUAUAAACAUUUCAUUAACUCCAACAUGGACUGAUAAAUUAUAUAUUAUAACAAUCAUUGUUAUUGAUUCAGAUGGUGUUCAAUAUUACUAAACGGAUUGGUUUCAUCAGAAGGGACAACAAUGGACCUCCUAAUCUAUAAUUGAUUGCAAUAUCACCGUUCUAUCAGACAAUAACCUAUCGAAUUGGACAUAGAGAUAUUCUUGCUUAGAAUGGUCGACUGGAGAAUUAAAAGUACUCCUCCCCCAAUAUGAUUAUGUGCACUUCCUCUAAUACUCGGAAUGCAAUAACGAUGGAUAAUUGCAAUCUUCUUACCAACCUUUAUAAUAUUGCCUUUGCAAAGAUAACUAUACGGGAGAUCAAUGUUAAACUUAUAUAGACGAGGGUUAUUAUAAUUAGACUCAAUCCUAUUUUCAAAUUCUAAUCAAUAAUUUUCAAGCUCAAACAUUGGAUAAGUAAUAUUAUCUCCAUAACCAUAGCUCCACUUUUCAAAGAAUUCUCUACUUAUUGGUCAAAGAAACACAAGGAUACGAUUAAAUGCUGUUUGAUUUAGUAAACUCUAAGUCUUUCUAUUUUAGCCAGCAAUUGCUUUUAAUUUAUGAUACUCUAGCCAUUAAAUCCAUUAUUAACAAUAAAACCAAUAUAACCAUAGAUAUAUUCAAAUCUGUUUCAAAUAUCAAAAAUUUAUUCGAAAUGACUGGAAUAAUUUCAUACACUAAUUUUAUCUUUUAUAUAUCAACCAUUAAUUAAUUAAAACAAAUUGAAAAUAACACAUUCUUAUUGGAGUACACCUCAAAUACAUUUGUUGACUAUUCAUCAAAAUGUAUAUUUUUGAGCUCCAGCUUUAUCUUUGCCUAAAUGACACUUUAUUCACCUUAACUUAGCUAUUUUAUUGGAUCAAACAUUUAUUCAUAAUACAUGAACUGUUAAGUCUUCUCAAUCAAUACAAACCUUAUUUUAAACAUCAAUACUAACAUAACCAUUGUGACAAACUUUUUGCUUAGUCAGAUUCAAAGGCCUACACAAUUAAGAUGCAAAUCCAAUUCUACUAUUAAUAUAUGCAGGAUACAUAAAUUAUAUGACAAUUAUGCAGAAGCAAGUUUUGAUGCCUACUUUGGACCUUACGUAAUUGAAAGAUCCCCUAUUCAAAAAACAUUCGAUUAUUAAACAAUUGUAGAAUCAAUUUAAAAUCCCUCAUUUGACAUAUUGUUUAAUUUCAUGAUUAUACAUGUUUUAUUUAAUUUUUGAAUUUAUUCAUAUCUUAAAACAUUCUAAAAUUUUUCAUUAAAUUUAUACAUUGCUUAAAAAAGUAUAUANAUUUCUGAAUAGAAAACCUCCUUUAUAAACAUUUCAUUAACUCCAACAUGGACUGAUAAAUUAUAUAUUAUAACAAUCAUUGUUAUUGAUUCAGAUGGUGUUCAAUAUUACUAAACGGAUUGGUUUCAUCAGAAGGGACAACAAUGGACCUCCUAAUCUAUAAUUGAUUGCAAUAUCACCGUUCUAUCAGACAAUAACCUAUCGAAUUGGACAUAGAGAUAUUCUUGCUUAGAAUGGUCGACUGGAGAAUUAAAAGUACUCCUCCCCCAAUAUGAUUAUGUGCACUUCCUCUAAUACUCGGAAUGCAAUAACGAUGGAUAAUUGCAAUCUUCUUACCAACCUUUAUAAUAUUGCCUUUGCAAAGAUAACUAUACGGGAGAUCAAUGUUAAACUUAUAUAGACGAGGGUUAUUAUAAUUAGACUCAAUCCUAUUUUCAAAUUCUAAUCAAUAAUUUUCAAGCUCAAACAUUGGAUAAGUAAUAUUAUCUCCAUAACCAUAGCUCCACUUUUCAAAGAAUUCUCUACUUAUUGGUCAAAGAAACACAAGGAUACGAUUAAAUGCUGUUUGAUUUAGUAAACUCUAAGUCUUUCUAUUUUAGCCAGCAAUUGCUUUUAAUUUAUGAUACUCUAGCCAUUAAAUCCAUUAUUAACAAUAAAACCAAUAUAACCAUAGAUAUAUUCAAAUCUGUUUCAAAUAUCAAAAAUUUAUUCGAAAUGACUGGAAUAAUUUCAUACACUAAUUUUAUCUUUUAUAUAUCAACCAUUAAUUAAUUAAAACAAAUUGAAAAUAACACAUUCUUAUUGGAGUACACCUCAAAUACAUUUGUUGACUAUUCAUCAAAAUGUAUAUUUUUGAGCUCCAGCUUUAUCUUUGCCUAAAUGACACUUUAUUCACCUUAACUUAGCUAUUUUAUUGGAUCAAACAUUUAUUCAUAAUACAUGAACUGUUAAGUCUUCUCAAUCAAUACAAACCUUAUUUUAAACAUCAAUACUAACAUAACCAUUGUGACAAACUUUUUGCUUAGUCAGAUUCAAAGGCCUACACAAUUAAGAUGCAAAUCCAAUUCUACUAUUAAUAUAUGCAGGAUACAUAAAUUAUAUGACAAUUAUGCAGAAGCAAGUUUUGAUGCCUACUUUGGACCUUACGUAAUUGAAAGAUCCCCUAUUCAAAAAACAUUCGAUUAUUAAACAAUUGUAGAAUCAAUUUAAAAUCCCUCAUUUGACAUAUUGUUUAAUUUCAUGAUUAUACAUGUUUUAUUUAAUUUUUGA